AUGAUAAGACAGAAAGUAGCAGGUACAUUCGAGUUUGAUGAGAUGUCAGCCAUGCAAGCAGAAAUUGCUAAACUGACCAACCAAGUGGCUAAGAUAGCAGUGGGUCAAGGGCAUCAAAUGUAUCAGCUUGGAACCGACAAUCAACAACUUCGGCUUGACAAUCAACAACUCAAGACUGAUUUGAGAAAUUUGGAGAGGCAAUUCGAGCAAGUAGCCUCCAAUCAGAAUGUUAAACCUGCUAGAGCAUUCCCAAGUGACACUGAGAAGAAUCCUAUAAAACACAUGCAAGUCAUUAAUCUAAGAAGUGGGAGAGAGUUGGAGGAGCCUCCUUCUCAAAAGUCUAUAUCUGAAAGAGAAUUGGUGCCUAAUCCAGUAAAAAAAGCCGAAAAGAAGGAUGAUAAACAAAGGCAAGAGAUAAAUGCAAGGUUGCCACCACCUUUUCCACAAAGACUACAGAAACAGAAAGAUGAAGCAAAGUAUAGAAAGUUCAUAGAUAUUUUGAGCCAGGUACGUGUGAAUCUGCCUUUGGUGGAAGUGUUGCAAGAAGUGCCCAAAUAUGCAAAGUAUCUUAGAGAUAUUGUGGCUAACAAGAGAAGAAAUGCCAAGUUUGAAAGAGUUGCACUUACCGAGUGCAGUGCUAGAGUGCAAAGUAAGCUCCCGCCAAAGUUGAAGGAUCUUGGAUGUUUUACAAUUCCAUUGGCCAAUGAGAAACAUGAGAUCGGUAAAGCCUUAUGUGAUUUAGGGGCAAGUGUUAAUUUGAUGCCUUUAUCUAUUUUCAAGCAACUCGAAUUGGGAGUGUCUAGGCCUACAACGAUCACUUUACAGCUAGCGGAUAGGUCGUUGACAGUGCUAGAGGGGAUUAUUAAAUAUAUGCUCGUACGAGUGGGGAAGUCCAUCUUUCCCACAAACUUCAUUAUAUUUGACUACAUGCCAGAUGAAGAAGUGCCUGUUAUUUUAGGGUUACCAUUCUUGGCUAUUGGUGGAGAAACUAUAUACGUGAGGGAAGGAAAGAUGAAGAUGAGAGUACAUGAUGAGGAAGUCACUUUUAAUGUGUACAAGGCGCUUAUACUUCCCAAGCAUUAUGAGGAUUUAUGA